GUAACACUCCACAAUAUCCUUCAUACUCUCUCUAAUCACGUUUGACAAUAUCUCAUCAAAUUAGAGUGAAUACAAUGAGAAUGAUGUAGUUAAGCGUGAGUGAACAAGACACACUUCACACUGCAGGAUGUCGGGCUCGGAUUUUUCUCACCUGGAGCCGGCGGCGCGUAUUAAACUGCUGUGCUCCCAGAGUGACUGUGUUAUAGUUGAUGGUAAAAUUCCUCUUCGCAGGUACUUCAGGUCAGGCUUGGAAAUGGUUCGGAUGGCUGAUGUGUAUGCUGAGGAGGGAAGCCUUGAAAAUGCCUUUAUUUUAUACAUGAAAUUUAUGACGUUAUUCUUGGAAAAGAUCAGAAGUCAUCCAGACUUCUCUAACCAUUCAUCAAUUGAUAAAACUAUUAAUACUAAAAAGCUUAAGGAAAUUCUUCCAAAGGCAGAGAGACUGAAAAACCAACUGAGAGAAAAAUAUCAACGAGAAUACAACGUUAUUGUCCAAGAACAGAAACUUUUGGAAGAACAGUUUAGACGUAAACAAGAGGAAGCUCAGGAGGAAGAAACGAGGAAAAGACAGCAAAGUGAGGAGGACUACAAGAGGAGGAAAGACAUAAAGGACGAGAAGAAGAGAAUACGAGACCUACAGUCCAUCCAUCACAAACACUCCGAGUUACCCCUGGAUGAUGCUCCCCCAGCGUAUGAUGAUUUAGGUAGCCUAAGCUAUCCUACCUCAGCUUUAACUCUGAAUGACCUUAGUAAUGAUGACAGACCAAGUGGGCCACCAGAGGUCAUCGGCUCAUCUUGUGUAUCACCAAUGUACCCACCCAACAGUGCUCACUCCUUACCCAACAUCCCAUCAAGAGAUCUGAAGCCAAUGCUUCAUAGCACUCCUCAGGUGGACCGCAGCAGUAAACCCACGUCACUAUUAAGUGCCAACGUGGGGACAAAGAGUGGAGGUCUACGUGAAGUGAGGGUUCCUAGUGAACUAAUGGCCAAGUUCAUGGCUCUGGCUCAGCCAAAUACUCAACGUAAUGUUGAAACUUGUGGGAUUCUUGCUGGCAAACUGGCUCAACACAGAUUGUUGGUGACUCACUUGUUGGUGCCUAAGCAGUGUGGCACCUCAGACUCUUGCACCACCCAACAGGAAGAGGAACUGUUUGAUUAUCAAGAUAAAUUAGACCUUAUUACCAUUGGCUGGAUACAUACUCACCCAACACAGACGGCUUUCUUGUCAAGUGUCGACCUUCACACACAUUGUUCAUACCAGUUGAUGAUGCCCGAGGCCGUGGCUAUUGUUUGUGCCCCAAAGUAUGAAGAGACGGGCUUCUUCACUCUCACCCAGGACCAUGGAUUACCUUUUAUUGCCAACUGUCACCAGAGUGGUUUUCAUCCGCACCCAAAAGAGCCGCCGUUGUUCCUGGAUGCUUCCCACGUGACGCUGGAAAAUAGUUUGCCCAUAGGCGUCAUUGACCUUCGGGAUUCCAAGUGAGCUUUAUACUUUUUGUAAGAAUUAUUCUGUAGUUUUCACAUUAAUGGAAAUUGCAUCCAGUGUAUUGUUAUUAUUAUUAUUAUUUUUUUUAAAUAUCAUCUACCUUGAACCAAACUCAGUUAAUUCAGAGUGGAUCAAAAAAACAAAAUCUAUAUUUCUGGUAGACUUAGGAAGAUACUGUACAAUACUGUAAAUUCUAGGAAAACAUAUAAUAAAUGAUUGACUAGCUUAGAAUAGUUAACAAAUGUUAUCACUACUGUGCUUUUAAUAGCAAUUCUCUUUAAGUUGUUAGUGAUGUGAUAUCUUUAUUUUGUAUUCUUGUUUUAUUAAAAGUGCUGUAAGUGGCACUUCCUCCAGUUUAUUGAUACACUACAACAUGUAUAGCUACAUGUUUUAACUUUCUGUACUGUUGACAGUUAUCUGUGCUUUUUACAACGAGCUGAUUGUAAUUUUAAUAUACUACAGUAUAGCGGCCAGAAGUGAAUCGUGGGAGGGAUAAUUAAAUACGGCACAUCAAGUGAUUUUCUCACAAUUUGUUGGGUCUGAACCAUCACCAAACCUCCUUGUGUACCCAAGUCAUAUCCAUAAUUUUAAUUAAUGACAACCUGAAUUUUUUGACAGUACUUUAUGAUGGUUUGCAUCAGCUAAGAGUGUUUCUCUAUGUGGAUAAGAAUACUCCUUUUUUUUUUAACUUAAUGCAGGGUGGGUGGAAAUAAACACACACACACACACACACACACACACAGAUAUUCUCCUUCCACUUCACACAAGCUAUCAUCAUCACCCAUCACCAGAGUGACUUUCACUAAUCAUCAUGCUUCCAACUCGUGUAUGUACAGGUACACUAUUUCUUCAAUUUUAAUUACAAGGUUGUCACUGACAAAAAAUCUUUUGAUUGGGGGUUCUAUUGUGGCUUCAGAUACAACCUAUUCUGAAUCAUGAAGAAACACUGGUCUGAAAUAUAGGAUUUUAACUUGUUUACCUGUUGGAGAGCAAAUAUCAACUACUGUACAAUGGAAACCAGAUAGAUCUUGAGCUUAGGUUCCUGUACUUCUCAUUAUUUAACUGAUUGUGCUCAAGCUUCUAAACAAUUAAAUUUGAACAUUUAUUUUGGUUUGGCAGUACUGUAGUCCAUUUCCAUUUUGUUUUUUUAAGUUGUUAUUCGGUCUAGGAUGUAAUACAGUUUAAGUACAGUAAUAUAAUCAAACAUCACAAUAUUUAUUUUUAUACAACUCUAGAAUCUUUGAUAAUUGAAAACAAAACCGUACAGUGUAGAGAAGUAAUCUUUAGUGAUGACGGUGUGAUGAAUUGCUGGGAUUGCAUGUAUGAUAAACGUCGGAAAAUAGUUACUUGAAAUAAUGUCAUCGUGUUUACAUUAUUCAGGCCAGGUGUAAGCAGUGCAUGUAUAAAAGUGUGGGUGUGUUCGAGAGAUAAGCAAUAGUGAUAUUUAACAAUAUUAUUUAGCUACUAACUGCCACAAAUAUGCUUAAAUACCGAUGCUUGUAGAAAGUAAUCCUGAUUUUUUUCCCUCCAAGUCAUUUAAAACUGAUGGCAGAGUGGCAUUCAUACUCUUAACUUGGCAUUUGGAGUGCUUCACUUUCAUAUCCAAUACAUCUAUAGCUCAGCCAUGACUAAAGGAAAGACUGAUUUUGAUGAACACAAUGUAGAAAGUCACACUCCAGCUGGUUUCCAUUGUACAGUACUUACCUCUCAUUUGAACCCUCAGAAAAGCUUUGAAAAAUAACAAAUAAUAUCUAAAGAACACUGCAAUACUUUCACUAUACAGUAGAUAAUUUUAAGAUAUGCCUUAUCAACAGUAAAGUUUUGAACAUUUUACAACUUCAAUUCUGGGUGGUAUUGAAGAGAUAGAAUAUAAUUAUCUUUUUUAUAAUUAGAAAGUUAAGAGUUUAUAUUAACCCCUUCUCAUUUGGGAUAAACAGUACAGGAUUUAGUGCUAAAACUAAGUACAGGUACUUUAUUUUGCUGCCUUGGAAGCCUGAUGACCCACAUACAUUAUCAUCUUUACAAUAGUCUCAGUUUGGUGAUUAAAACUGCAGACAGUGUAGGUAAUAGUGCUGCUAAAUGAGAGUGGAUAAGCACUAUGUUAAUCCCCUCCUACUUGUGUAAUAUCAAAAGGCUUAUAAGACAGCAGGUGAGUAGGGAUGCACCAUACUGUAAACAUCUCGUGUCACAUUGAUUACUUAAUUGAAUAGUACAGUAUUGUUUAAGUUAUAAAGUAAGAGUCACAGGCAAGACACAGCUACUUCAGGAGUUGUGUUGCUCAUGAUGACUGUCAAUUGAGUAAAUCUUAUAGGUGUGUUAAGGAUCGUUGACCAAGUGUUCCUACAUUUGUAAAGGAAAACACAAGAACAGCGGAACUGAGACAGAUUCGUAAGUGCUCAUUUUUUCUUGUUUGAGGAUACGAGAUGUUUAUAUAAUUAUAAUAUAGACUAGAGAAAAGAAGUGUUAAUGUAUCGUAACUGAAAUUGUUAUGUUACUCCUAUGUGAUAUUUUCUUGCCAGGCAGCACAUAGCUGGUGCCAUUUAGUUACACACCAUUAAGAGUGUCACUUGUGGUACAGUCAUGCUGUAACUUAACCUUUCCCUGCAAAUGUUUAAUCACCGUAAAUCCCAUUUUACAACAUAUCUGAUAAUUUUUUUAGUACUGUAUAUAUAUAUAUAGUUUAUGAUGCUAGUGAAGUACUUCUGAUGUAAAAAAAUUAUUGCUUUUAUAUUUCAUAUUCAAAGAAAUUAAUAUUUUCAAUUUGCAUUACAUGUUGCACUUGUAUAAUCUUUCCUUAAUGCUAAAAGGUUAAUAAUACAUUGUUUUCUUCUUCUUUUCAUUUUUAAUUUAAUAUAUGAAAGGAUAGAGAAAAAAAGAAAUUAAAUGUUAAUUACAUUUGAGUCUUGUGAAUAGAAACAUUCUAUACCUCUUCCUGAUGAGCUUUAAUAGUACAUUAUCACUAUUACUUUAAUGAAAAAAAAACUGUGAACCUUGGAA